UCACUACUGCCUCGGGUGAAAAGUCUUCGAUGGGAAAUUUCUGCUCACAUUCUGACACUGCAUAUCCCUUUGUGUUAAAAUUUCACAAAUUUGGCUCCAGCCUCCCUGCUUAUUCAUCAAAAUAGAGAUCACAUAUAAGGAAAGAGAUUUGAGAGAUAUGAUCUAACUGGGCCAUCAGCCAAGCCAGAGAACGCAGGAACAAGCAAGUGGAAGAGAAGUCAACGAAGACUUGGUCCACCCAGAAUAAGCAUGUGACUUUGAGCUAGCAAAAGGGAAUUGGAAUAGAUUUCACACCCAGCACACUCCCCACCAGUAGUGAAGAGCUGAAUACAAAUUGGGCGGAUGUCGAAGUAUAUGUAGAGGAGCAAUAACCAACUGCGGGCUGCAUUAGAAGAAAAUUAACGUGGGUCACAAGGAGCACUGGGACAUGGCAACGCCAGCACAUGGUCAGCUCUGCCCAAACAUCUACAAUUCCUACUGUCUUAAUGGAGGCACCUGCUACAUUCUAAGAAUGUCCUAUCCAUUCUGCUGGUGUGAUGACAGCUUCCAAGGAAGCCGAUGUGAAGAGUUCUUGCUACCGAGCCAUCAAUUACAUAGGGCUAUAAGUCCAUCACUGAUCGUUGUUAUUGUGGUGGCUUUGAUUAUUGUGUUCGCCAUAACACUUGGUAUAGCACACUUCUACUGCAGGAAACGGAGACAAAAAAGAAACAACCAGAGGAACAGCAGCUUGUACUACACAGUGACAGCACAUAGAGCAAUUGACAUCAGGGAGAUACUGUCGGUCAGCUCCAGCAUCAAAAAGCAAGAUGUAGAUUCCAGACCCAUUUAG